AUGCAGAAAACAGAGCAAAUGGACAAAGCAGUUCAGAUGCAUAAUUCUAUUUUGUCUCAUCAAAACAGUGGAUUUAUAUCAGUUAAUGUUGGAAACAACUUGACUUUCCUGUGUUUCUAUGAGAUGGAUGACGAAAAUUUGUAUUGGUACAAACAAACACCAUGACAGAAACCUUGAAUUAUCUCAAUGAUGUACAAAUUCUCUAAAGUUUUUCAUUUUCUGAAUGAAUUCAAGGACAAUCAAUGCCUAAAUGUGGAAAUUAAUGAUGUUGUGCAUCACCUAAAUAUCUCAGAUCUGCAGCUUUCAGAAUCAGCUACUUACUACUGUUUAAAGGAUAAAAGAUAUGUGUUUCAGUUUAUGGAGGGCAUCACUGUCAGUGUGAAAGGUUCAGGGUCUAACAUCCAGGCUGUGGUGCAUCAGUCUCAGAGCAUCCAGCCAGGAGGCUCUGAGACUCUCAGCUGUACAGUUCACACUGGGACCUGUGAUGAAGAACACAGUGUUUACUGGUUCAAGAACUCUGAAGAACCUCAGCCAGGACUCAUUUACACCCACAGACACAGGAACGAUCAGUGUGAGAGGAAACCCGACACACAGACACACACCUGUUUCUACAACUUGUCAAUGGAGAGACUGAACCGUUCUCAAGCUGGGACCUACUACUGUGCUGUCGCUGCAUGUGGACACAUUGUGUUUGGAGACGGGACCAAAGUGGACUUUGAAGAAGUGGUGGACUAUCUUCCCUUGGUGUAUUUCCUGAGCGGAGCAUUGGCGUUCACCACGAUCCUGGUUGUUUCUCUGGCUUACACAUCACAAAGAGUGUUCAAGACAAACUGCUGCCAGGGCUCAGGAGGUACUAAUGAAGUGAAAACACUGUUCAAAACGAGGCGGAAACUAAACACUCGAAGACGAAACAAUGACAACCUCCAUUAUGCUGCUUUAAUGGAGCACAGCUUCAGCAGAGCAAGAAGACAAACUGACGGUGACGGGAGUGAAUGCGUGUACACCAGUGUAAAGCAGUAG